ACAACAUUGCCCAGCUGUUUUAACUAAUCCAAUAAAAGCGGUCGUAAUUGCUCAAAAUUUUUUUUAUUAAAGUGGAACUGUAACAAAUUUCGGGCGCUUCUCGCCUUCUGGAGACAGCAUACUAAAGUACAGUUUGGAGCAAAUGUUGUGGGUCAUCAUGCUGCAGCUGGACUUGGUUUAGAAAACGAUAAAAUUCCAUAACAAUUCGUAUAUAUCUUUGGUACACAAUUGAUCGGACACCAUCUACCUCCCCCCUCCCCUCCCAUAAUCAAACGAAAGUUAUGCUCUUUGCACGUAGACGGCAUUUCUUCAAGAGAGUUGGCCUGGCCACCUUGCAAGCGUCCUUGCUGGUAUUCCUUUUGUUUUUCGUUCUACUACCGCUGAUCUUUCGUUAUUCGGUGACUUUACAACGUGGAAUACUCUUUCUCACUUUCAUCCGUUAUCCCAAAGGACUUGAUCUCACAAAUCCUGCCAGCAUAGGUCUAUAUGCCACGAGAAACUUUUAUAUAACAGUAAAGGAUCAUGAUCAAGAUGAGGAUGGUGUGAGCAUUGGUGUGUGGCAUGUCUUGCCCAAGAAUGCAGUGGGUCACUUUAAAACGGAACUACAAGUUGAGGCUGCCUUUGAUAUUGAACAGGCUGCAGCAGAGGAUCAGCAGCAAACCUCAAUUGAGACCUUCGACCAUGACAGAGAUUAUAGCCAUGAACUGAAAAAACUCAGUCCAGCUUUGCGUUCGGAAUUUCCAGUGAUAUUGCCAGAGAAUGAACAACUAUUCUAUGAGCGACUGUUACGAAUGCCUGGAGGCACAGUGGUGCUCUAUUUGCAUGGCAAUACGGCCACCCGAGGCAGUGGACAUCGUUCUGAGGUGUAUAAGUUGCUUCGCAAUCUGAACUAUCAUGUCUUUUCGUUUGACUAUCGAGGCUAUGCUGAUUCUGAUCCCGUUUCACCCACCGAAGAGGGUGUUGUACGAGAUGCUUUUAUGGUCUAUGAAUAUAUAGCCAAUAUUACCUCGAAUCCCAUCAUUAUUUGGGGUCAUUCACUGGGCACUGGAGUAGCCACACAUUUGUGUGCUAAACUGGCGCAUUUAAAGGAACGCGGUCCCCGGGGUGUGAUCCUGGAGAGUCCAUUCACCAAUAUACGCGAUGAGAUACGUAUGCAUCCAUUUUCGCGACCAUUUAAGCAUUUGCCCUGGUUCGAUUUCACCAUUUCACGGCCCAUGUAUAGCAAUAAAUUGCGAUUCGAGUCCGAUAUUCAUGUACAUGAAUUUCCCCAACCCAUUAUGAUCAUCCAUGCAGAGGAUGAUGUGGUAGUGCCUUUUAAAUUGGGAUAUGAGCUCUAUCGCAUCGCACUCGACACGCGUCAGCGUUCGUGGGGACCAGUUGAAUUCCAUAGAUUUGAGAGCAAACACAAGUACGGACACAAGUAUUUAUGCCGGGCACCUGAAUUGCCCAGUUUGGUGCAACACUUUGUGGCAAAUUAUCGCGAUGCCGUCUACUAGAAAGGACGAGAGUAUUAGGCAACCAUUCUAUUAUUUAUUUAUUAGUAUGUGUACCAUAAGGCAAGUAGUUUAAUUUAGUUUUCUUUUUCUACCGCCACAGAACGUUCCAAAAUUUUGACACCUUGUGAAAGGAAAAUAAAAUGAAGUCAUUUGACGAAUAAUGAAUGAACAAUUAUAUUAAAAGAA